AUGACCUCACCCCCCACCCCUCCCUACGCUUGGGACCUCACCUGGAACGACACCUGGAACGACACCUGGGACGACCUCUUGGACCUGGACUCCGGCGAAAUCCCCGCGGCUCACCGCGUCGUCCUCGCCCUCUACGCCGCCAUUUUCCUGCUGGGCGUCCUGGGCAACGGCGCCGUGCUCUGGGUGACGGCGGCCGAGCUGCGCCGCGCCGUCAACGGCGUUUGGUUCUCCCACUUGGCCUUGGCCGACCUCCUCAGUUGUUUGGCUUUGCCUUUCUUGGCUUUACCGUUGACCAACGAUCACCAUUGGCCGUUGGGCGGCUUGGCCUGUAAGGUUUUACCGUCCCUGACGGUGUUGGCCAUGUUCUCCAGCGUCCUUUUGUUGACGGUCAUCAGCGCCGACCGUUACGCUUUGGUGACGCGACCGGUUUGGUGUCACAAUCGCCGCACCCCCCUUUUGGCCAACGCCGUCUGCGCCGGCGCUUGGGCGGCGGCCGCCUUGUUGACCCUCCCGUCUUUCAUUUUCCGAACCGUCCGCUUCGAUCCUUUCUCCUCCAAAACCACCUGCGUGCUGUCCUACGGCGCCGCGGGGCGGCACCGGCGCGCCGCCGAGCUCGCCACCGCCGCCCUGCGCUUCCUCUGCGGCUUCCUGGCGCCGUUCGUCGUCAUCUCGGCGUGUUACGGCCUCCUCUUGAGCCGGGUCAGGGAGAGGGGGUUCGGCAAAUCACAAAAAGCCACCAAGACGGUUUUGGUGGUCAUCGUCAGCUUCUUCGUGUGUUGGUUGCCCUAUCACGUCGUGGGGUUGGUGUUGGCGGCCAGCGCGGCCGACACGGCGGCGUUCCGCGGCGCCCAAGCGGCCGAUCCCGCCGUGGCGGGGUUGGCGUACGUCAACGGUUGCGUCAAUCCCGUCAUCUACCUGGUGAUGGGGAGGGGUUUGGGGCAGGUGAGGCGCUCGUGGAGGGCGUUGAUCAAAGGGGUGCUCAGCGAUGACCCCACGAGCGCGGCCGGGGAUGGGAGGGGACGCAGCGUGGUCACGGCCGAGGAGGGCACGGAGGGCACGGAGGGCACGGCCGUGUGA